AUGACGACUUCAUCCCGCCCGCAGCGCCUCGCUAGCCUUGGGCUUGGCAACAUGAACCGGCGAGAGGUGCCUGUCGGGCAGUACUGGCAGGUGCAGGUGCCCGCUUGGCGCGGCAUCGUAACAUCGUCCGACGCUGCUGCUGCAGACCCGUCGUCAGCGGCGCAAAUGACGGCAAACGCCGACCCGGUGCCGCAGUCGUCGAUUGAGGAGGAGUUGGCGAGGCGGACGGCCCGCAAACUCACCGCCCUCGCGUUUGAGGAGGACUGCGCCCACGCGCACCGGAUGGCAGCCGCUGUCGACCCCGCCUUGGACAACGGGGAGAGCCUGCGCCUCACCUCGUCGGGCUCGUACCUGUCUCGCUGGGGCGCUCGUCCGCCGCCGCCCGGCCCCGACGACGCGCUCGGCUUCGCGGCGGUGCUUCGAGCGGCGAGGGCCGAGGCGAAGGCGCUGGAGAGUGCGCCUCCAAAGCCAAAGCCGCAGCAAAAGCAAAAGGCGGCGCGGGCGCCGCGUGCGAGGCUGAGGGACAUGGGGGCGGUGCCGGGCGAGAACUUUACGGAGGGGCUGCGCCUGCUCGCCGAGUACCUCGACGAGUGCGGCGGCGACGGCAGCAGCCUCAUCGCCGACUGGCAGUGCCGGGUGCGGAAGGAGGGGAACACUGCGGGGACGAGCGACAUGUACUACUACUCCGACAAGGGCCAGCGCCUCCGCUCAAGGGCCGAGGCUGGAGCCGAUCAAGAGGAGCGGCAAGAGGCCAAAGCUGAGCGGAGGAGCGGCCCCGCUUCCACGCCGCUGGGAGUCAGCCAAGCCGACGCUGCCGCCGACGCGGGGAUGGGCGGUGGUGCGGCUAGCGGUGCGGCUUGGGAGGCGGCUGAGGCGGCGCCAUCGGCGCGCACGAUCAAGCCGCCUCGCGGCAAGCCGCCGCGCGCAGAGGGGUGCCGCGUGGCGUGGGACGGCGCCAUUGGCUGCUACCGGACGGCGGAGGAGCCUCCGAGGUACUGGCACGGCGCGGCGAAGCUUGGCAAAGGCGGCUGGAAGGCGAGCGUGCCGUGGUGUGCUGCCUGGAGCUUGCCCGAGGCGUGACGCUGGACUGACUCCCCGCGGCUCGCGCGGGGAGACGGGAGUUCUUGUUCGUUCCCUCCGUUGCUUUCGUUAUCUCAGGGUGGCGCGCGCGAGACAUGACUCAUGAGAAGGAGUCUGUCCGAGACACGAUCGAUUCGUUUUUCAUUAGCAUUCCACGUAAUAAACUU